AUGCUGCGGUUGGUGGCAGCUUGCCCUGCGCCAUGUUCGGUGUGCACCAAAGACGUAACCCUCUGUCACCAGUUAACCUAUAUAGUAGCAGCCCCUGUGACCACGAGAGUUUUGAUCAUCACUGAUGGAUCCCUUUCUUCUAUAGAGAGCACAAAUCUGUCUCUCCUGUUUAAUCUUGCCCUGCUCUCCUUGAGCAGAAAUGGCAUUGAGGAUGUGCAGGAAGAUGCCCUCCAUGGCCUUUCAAAGCUGCGGACGUUGUUGCUGGAGCACAAUCAGAUAUCCAGCUCCACACUCUCGGAUCACACCUUCAGCAAGCUGUGCAGCCUGCAGGUGCUGGUGCUUAGCAAUAACGCCCUCCAGACCCUGCGAGGAUCCUGGUUCAAGAACAACAGGCGCCUGACCCGGCUCCAGCUGGAUGGGAAUCAGAUCACUAAUCUGACAGACAGUUCUUUCGGAGGCACAAAUCUCCACAGUCUCAGGCGUCUGGAUUUAUCUAACAAUUUUAUUUCCUACAUUGGGAAGGACACCUUCCGGCCCCUGCCUCAGCUACAGGAAGUGGACCUUUCCCGAAAUCGGUUGGCCCAAAUGCCAGAUGUUUUUACUCCACUGAAGCACUUAAUCCUUCUGAGCUUAGAUAAGAACCAGUGGAGCUGUACUUGUGAUCUCUACCCCCUUGCCCGGUUUUUAAGAAACUACAUUAAGUCCUCUGCUCACAAGCUCAGAAAUGCCAAAGCCCUACAUUGUCAGCCACCCGCCGCUGCUGUGGCCGGUGCAAAGAGCGUGCUACGGCUGUCUGACACCAACUGCGAUCCCAAGGCUUCCAACCUCACUCUGAUUCUAAAGGACAGAAGUCCCCUCCUCCCAGGGCAGGAUGUGGCCCUGCUCACUGUCCUGGGCUUUGCAGGAGCUGUUGUUCUCACUUGCCUAGGUUUAGUUGUAUUUAACUGGAAACUUCAACAAGGCAAAGCAAAUGAACACACAUCAGGAAAGCUUUGUUGCAGAACCUGUGGUGAAUCCCUGUGUGCUCAUGAGACAAGAUAUCACCACACUAAGGGAUACUGUAACUGCCGCUUAACCCAGGAAAAUGAGAUAAAGGUCCAGUCCAUUGUGGGGUCCAGAAAGGAAAUGGCAUUUUUACAGGAAAGCAGCCACCAAGCAGCACUGACCUCUGAAUCCACAGCCAUUGAAAGGUUACACAGAAACCUGAAAGGAAAGGACCAUGAGGCAGAUGGCACUUAUAUCUGCCUUGGUGGCAGAUUGCUGCAGUCGGGUUGUUCAGCCCCUCCUGGGAAUAUGGCAGCUUUUAAUGAAGCGGGCUUACUCACAAGAUACUAUCCAAAGAUAGUUGAAAAUCUAAGGAAUCUUGAGCCUGGGGAAGUCCAACCUCAAACUCUGCCACAGCAUGUAACAAGAACACUAGAUAUCAGCAGUGACACAUUUAGUAGAAGAUACGCAACAGGAGCUUCAGCUUUGGCAAGAGAAAGUCUUGAAAAGCAUUUAACAAAUGAAUCAUGGCAGCUUCCAAUAGAAAAAGAAGACAAUGGCUUACAACCUCACAGGCAGCAGCAUUUUAUUACCAGCUCAUCAUCCAAGCCUUAUGAGCCUGAAGAACACUAUGUACAAAAGACCUUACAAAAAUAUGAAUCAAAAUACUAUGAUCCUUGUGAACUGUUAAAACAGAGCAGGCCCCGGGAUUUCCAGCCAAAAAAAUCUCUUAUCUGUAAGUAUGUGCCCUAUGACCAAUUUAAAGAUUAUGUGAAAGAAAAGAAGCCACAUAGUCGAGAACAUUCAAAGUCUAAGAACGAGCAAAUCCAAAUUUAUAGUGCAAUAGAAAAAUUCCUUACGAGUGAGGGCAAUACGGAGAUAUCGGGGUUAUCAACAAAUAUCAAGAAAACAUAUUCCCCUAGGAGUGUUAGCUUCCAUGAUCCUGGUUUAGUUGAAAAAAAUAGGCUGGAGAUGUCACCCAAAACAUCAACCCAUUCAAAACAGCAAAAAACUCAAAGUGAGCGUCUGACCACCUUGAAUCUCAAAAAAGGUAGCAGUGCGCAAGAUAGAAGCAAAGGAGGAAAAUGGCUUACUGGUACACAGAUUCUGAAAGAAAAAGGGAUCAAUCAAUCUGAUCUCAGAGGGAAAAUCAGAAAGCAAAAUUUAAAGAUAAAAUUAAAUUUACACCCUUUUAGAAAAGCCAGAGUCCACCCAGAAAAAUCCUUACCAGAACUCCCUUCAAAAUGCGAGCAAGUAUUGUUACCUCCUAAUAAAUUAUCCAGAGCUUCUAAGAAAGAAGCCAAAAUAAACCUUCUGUCAUCUGUAGUUUUUCCCCACCAGCCAGAGAGUAACAACUAUGCUGCACUCACUUCAAAGAGAUUGCCUCUCAAACAUGCCUCAAAUGAGACCCCAUAUUACAAAAAACACACUAAAAAAGCUCCUCUGCUCACAGCUAACAAUGUACCUGUAGUCAACCAUAGCUCCCUGGAAGGCAAUCGUCACCCUCCUGGCCUCAUUUCUGAUGGAAGCCAAGCAACACUGCCUGGCCUCAUAGCCCCUGCAGCUGAACACAGGCACUCACACCCUCCAUUCUCGACUGAACAAAUGGAAGGUGCAACUCACCUGGCCUUGGUAGGUUCCAGUUCUUCACCAGGUUCUCAGAAAAAUACAGGCAGUGAUGUUUUAGCAUCCUGCCAUUCCAGGAGGACUACUGACCAAGAGGCAACACAACUCACUGAGCACACCGAGCAGGACAAAUCAGAGACCAGUGUGCUAACCCAGUUUUCUUUGUCCUUGGAAAAUCCAACCCAACCUGUCGGCGACCACAAGACUGACACCUACAAGGAACAUACUGUAGAUCAAAAUCAAACGUUGCGGCAUGAAGUGCAACAUUCAAGUCAUGAAGAACUUGGAAAUGAAGAAAAAAUAUUAGUGAAAGAAUGCAAAAUAUCACAUCAGAUUACAGAAAAUUGUUUUAUGGACGAGGGAACAGAUGUAGGGAAAAAACUUCCUAAGACAGAAACAUGUGAUUUCUCUCUCAUUCCCCAAACACAAUCCAAGGGCAACCUAACAUUUACGAAGGUGAAUUCUAUUGCAUCCCAAAAUAGGAUGGAACUUCCCAAGGAUAUCAGUACUUCCCUUAGUACUCAAGCCAUCUCACAUCUAACCAAUAGUAGCGAAAAAGAAACUGAUGGCACGAAUGCAUUGCCUAGAGAUGAAGGCACCCAAGCACUAGAGAUAAAAAUAGUAGGAAAAGAAGAGGAAAAAAUGCCUGAUAAGAGCAAGGCAAAUGCUAGCAUGUUAAUGCAGACCGGACAGAUGACCUUAAAAGGCACGACAAAAGGAAAGCAGCAAACUUGGGAAAAUGGAAAAAGUAAAAAUCUCAUGUUACACGGUUCAAGUACUGUUGAGGCUACAAUUACAGCUGAGGAUUUGAGUGUUAUAAGUUGUCAGGAAACUGAAAAUAGACAACCUUCUAGUGAAAUAGAUCUUCAAAUAAAUAGUAAUAUGCAUGAUUUGAGAGAGGCUCUAAAUACUCAACCAGAUCAAGAUAGCAGUGCACAUAAAGAAGGCGCAAUGGCAUCGGAGACACUUGAAGCACUCCCCCCACUACCAGAGGUAAAAGGCUUUAGUUUUGAGGCAGAAAAGGAGGUGCCUCUAAUUCCUAGAAGAAUAAAUGAAGCUGAAAACUCUGCUCUAAAGCAUACACUGCAUCCACCAUUGGCUGAAUAUGCUAAUACAUCACCUUUGGAGGCAGAACAAAGUGAACAAAAUAACUCAAAUAAUAAUCAUUUUCUACUUUAG